AUGUCGGCACCCAGAUCCGGCGCGCGUCCAAUCCCUCCCCGCGGGCCCCGGCCUCCUGUGGGACGACUGGCCAGUCUUAAACCUCCCAACUCGACACCUAUAAAUCGUCCAACGGCUAUUGGACGUCCUCAGCCACCCCGCCCGACAACACACCCUAAAACAUCUAAUUGUCCAAACCCAGGGUGUCCUGCUCCGCAUAUUGUGGAUGAUGGAGGCGUGAAGGUCUGUACUGGUUGUGGUACAGUCAUCAGCGAGAACAACAUUGUUUCUGAGGUCACAUUCGGUGAAUCCUCGUCUGGUGCAGCUGUUGUGCAGGGAUCUUUCGUCGGAGAAGAUCAGACCCAUGUACGCAGCUAUGGUCCGGGUUUCCAGCGUGGGGGCGCCAUGGAGAGCCGGGAAAUGACCGAACAAAAUGGAAACCGAUAUAUGCUUCAACUUUCUCGAGCUUUGACUAUCCCGGAAAGUGCAACCAAGGCUGCUGGUCAGGUCUUCAAGCUUGCUGUGGGACUCAACUUCAUUCAAGGUCGUCGCACCAAGACGGUAGCUGCGGUCUGCCUGUACAUUGCAUGCCGUCGCCAGAAUGGCAAUACCGUCAUGCUGAUUGAUUUUGCCGAUGUGUUGAUGAUCAACGUCUUUAAACUUGGUCGUACAUAUAAGGCGCUUCUCGAUGAACUCCGCCUAGGUGGCAACGUCUUUCUCAUGAACCCCAUCGACCCCGAAAGUUUGAUUUAUCGUUUCGCCAAACAGCUGGAAUUCGGACCGUCUCUUAUGGCGGUGGCUGGUGAGGCAGUCAGAAUCGUUCAACGAAUGAACCGCGACUGGAUGACUACCGGUCGACGCCCAGCUGGUCUCUGUGGUGCCGCACUGAUUCUCGCCGCGCGCAUGAAUAACUUCCGCCGAACCGUGCGUGAGGUCGUCUAUAUUGUCAAAGUAACCGAAACAACUAUCAGCCAGCGUUUGAACGAAUUCGGCUCCACUGAGAGUGGUGAAUUGACCGUUGAUCAAUUUCGAUCAGUCCAAUUAGAGAACACACACGAUCCCCCAUCCUUCACUCGCGGGCGAGAAGGUCGGAAAAGCCGCUUCAAGAAGCUGCCAGACACUGCGGCCGAACUCGAAGAUGACGACUCUCCAGCCGAAAGUGAAGCGGAAUCAGUGCAGCCGCAUCGUGUAGAUGCCGACGGCUUCGCUAUUCCCAAACUUCCGAUUGAUCCUGCUUUGACUGCGAAUAGUCACCCUCGACGUGCAUCAGUAAUUGCUAAGGCAGUGAACGAAGUUGUUGAGGAUAUCAAAAACGAACCGAUCCACUCCAAGGGCAAGGGCAAGCGACAGCCCACGCCAGAACCUUCUGCCGAGCAGGUCGCAUCUGAAGCGGCGCUAGAAGAUGAAAUGCGGUCUAUGCUUGCUCAAGGCUCAACCAUGAUAGAGAGUGUUGGCUGCGACCAACCGCCGCGGACCACUGUUUCCGACAACACUGAAAUCGACGCUGCUGAGUUUGAAGAUGACCCCGAAGUCGCCAAUUGUCUGCUCAUGCCUGCCGAAGUCGAAAUCAAGGAGUCAAUCUGGGUGACGGAAAACAAGGAGUAUCUCCGCACCCAACAAGCCAAAGCACUCAAGCGGGCCAUGGAAGAGGCAAACGGUGGAGGCGCACCUCGUAAACCACGCAAGCGUCGCCGUGGCCGUCUUGGAGAUGUUACCUACCUGGAGGGCGAAGGCGAAGAUGGCCGCAGCUCUCGUGCCUCGACCCCGGCUGAGGCAACACGUCGCAUGCUCGAGCGCCGAGGUUACAGUAAAAAGAUCAACUACUCUCUCCUGGACACCUUGUACGGCGGCGAAGGGGGAGAUGCAAAGUCACAAAGCAUGAGCCGAAGCCAAAGUCGCAGCCAAAGCGUCGUCUCACGGCGCAGCGCCAGCAUCGAGCCAGAAGCAGCAGCACGAUCCCGGCGUGCAACUCCAUCAGAUGCCAAAUUCGAUGCCAAAUUCGAUCCCAAGUUCGAUGCCAAGUUCGUCCGUCCUACUUCUACAACACCCCUACCUACCCCACCGUCUACUGCUCCAAACGCGUCUCAGGACGCAAAGCCCGCCAUGGCUCAGGAUGGCUUCGUGAAUAAGGUCGAGGCACAACCUGAGGAGGAGGAGGAUGAUGAGGACGAAGACGAUUAUGAUGACGACGAGAAGGAUGAUGGCGUCGACGACGCAUUUGCAGGCAACUACGAAAGUGACUAUGAUUAUGGCGAUGACGAUGACUGA